AUGUUAGGGCGUAGUAUUGCGAAUGGUCGCCUGAAGCUGCAAGCGAAGCAGCAAAAGAAGGCGCAGCUGAGCGCUCGCCGACAGCAGCAGCUGCGGCCAAAGGGUGUUGCUUCAGUUGCUGCUGCAUCAGGAACAGCAACAAGCACUGGUUUUGCUUCUUCUCUCAGCUUCACCCCUCUGCAAGGCAUAGAGUUAUGCAACCCCAUUGCAGAGCAGCAGCAGCAGCAGCAACAGCAGCAGCAGCAAACAGAAUCUCGCGACUACUUCGGUGGAGGAGGCAGAUUCACAGCUGUGGAGCGGAGGGUCCGUAGAAGCAGCAGCUAUCAGUGCAGCAGCAGCAGCAGCUACAGCAGCAGCCGCUACAGCAGCAGUAGCCACAAUAGCAGCAGCAGCAACAGCAACAGCAGCAGGAUCGGCAGAAUGCUGGCACAGGCGGUUAACUAUCAUUGA